AGGUAAGUCAUAAUAACAAAUUAAAAUGUGGAAGAAGCUUUGCAGUUCUCUUGGAGGUCGAUAUAGAAUAGUUUCUUCAGUUAGUUUCACUCUAAGCAAUUUAAGACUCUUCCAUCAGUAUGCUCAUUACUCUAAAAACAGUUUUCCAUUAUAUGAUCAUUAUGUAUCGAAACAAAGCGAUAAAACCAUAUUUUCUCUCUCAUCGGGGGCCGGCAAGUGCGCUAUUGCCGUGGUCAGAGUUUCGGGUCCGAACACUGAACAAGCUGUGCGGCUCCUUACAAAUCAACUACCUUUGCCGAGACGUGCCUCUGUUGCUAAAAUAUUUGAUCCCUACACUCGUAAUCCAAUCGAUCGUGGAAUUCUUCUUUGGUUUCCAAAACCAAGAAGUUUUACCGGAGAAGACUCUGCAGAAUUUCACAUUCAUGGGGGACUUGCAGUAAUCCAAGCAUUGCUUUCAUCAUUGGCCAAAGUUCCUGGUUUAAGGCCUGCCGAGGCUGGUGAAUUUACUAAACGAGCUUUUUUAAAUGGUAAACUUGACCUGACAGAAGUCGAGGGAUUAUCAGAUUUACUGCAUGCUGAAACGGAAGUGCAGCACCAACAGGCAUUACUGCAGAUGGAGGGACAAUUAAGUAAAUUGUAUCAAAACUGGAAAUCAAUUCUCUUAAAGUGUGCUGCCAAUGUUGAGGCUUACAUAGACUUCAGUGAAGAUGACAAUAUUGAAGAUUAUGUACUUCAAGAAGCUGAAGAAAAAAUCAAACAAGUUAUUUUUGAAAUCAAAGAACAUCUAAAGGACAGUCGGCGUGGAGAGCUUCUUCGAAAUGGAAUUCAAGUUGCUCUUUUGGGAGAAACUAAUGUUGGAAAAAGCAGUUUACUUAAUUGUAUAUGUCAACGACCUGCAGCCAUUGUGUCUCCUGUAGCAGGCACCACUCGUGAUGUAAUAGAUUCUUUUCAUAACAUUGGAGGUUAUCCUGUAUUAUUCUGUGAUACUGCUGGCAUGAGAGAGACAACAGAUGCCAUUGAACUGGAAGGGGUUCAAAGAGCCAUUGAAAGAUGUCUUCAGGCCAAUGUAAUUGUGUUGAUGAUGGAUGCUUCAAAACAUUGCCAGAUAUUAUUACAACAGCCUCAAAUCCCUUUUAAGGAUUAUAUCCAAGAAUAUUUACAAGUGAUGCUAGAUUUCUCAAAAUGCACAGCUAGCAGAUUAAUGUCAACUGACAGCAAUAUUUCACCCGAAGACACUGAGCAUAAAAUAGACAUUAAUAAUGUUGUUGUUGUGUUUAACAAAAGCGACUUAGUUGACAAAUGUGUGUUGAGUCGGUGGCACAAUAGUCACCUUUCACACACGGAACCAACACACUGUUUCUUGUCAUGUUUAAAUAAAGAUGGCCUUCAACAAUUUCUGAAUAUACUGUUGCAAAAAGUAAAAGAAAGGUAUGGAGAUCCAGAGACCGGAAAUGUGAGUUUUACUAAGGAACGUCAUCAUUCUCAUCUAACGAAGAGCUUAACACAUUUGGAAACGAGUCUUUUGUGGUUGGACAGAGAUGUUGUAUUAAUGGCAGAAUAUUUAAGGAAAUCAGUGAGGCAGUUUGGGAAAAUCCUUGGUGAAAUUUCAUCAGAAGAUAUUCUUGAUGUCAUUUUUAAAGAUUUCUGUAUUGGAAAGUGAAGUUUAUUUUUGGUGAGCAGAGGAUAAUGAUUUUUGAACAAUUGACAUAACUUGACAUGUGAAAAAUAUUUCUGUAUAUACAAUAUCAUGAAUCCUGAUGUGAUGAUGAGCACAAUUUUAUAUAAAUU